GCCUCAUCCGCGCCGGCGGCUGGUCCAUGCGGGUUCAACGUCGUCGUGCGGGACGACGACGACGACGACGACGGCGACGAGGGGCGACGACGCGACGCGGUCCGACAACGACGACUCAAAAGGAGCGUACGAUGACGUUCGUCCGGCAGAGUUACGCGAGUUAAUCGACAACCGAUCUCGAUCGCGAUCGAUACGGCCGACGCGCGCGUCUCGGCCGAACGACGAUGCUGCGACUGAAACAAGGCAUUCGCGGGCCCAGCGUCGCGAUGCUCGUCCUAGCGAAGACUCCACGUGAGCGUGGCUGUCAUCGGAGACGCGCGAAACCGGAGUAUCAUCUGUGAGCGCCUGGACCUUAUUAUCGUGGAUUUUACCGUCGUGGAUUUACGAUCGAUUGUGUAAGAAUUUAUUCGUGGCUGCGAAAUCUUUCGCACGGAAAGUUUUCACCAAGUUGAAAGGCUCGGCAAAAUCUUGCUAACAGCUGCUAACAGUCAUUAAUGAUUAAACCACCCAAGUGUUGAUCGUGGUGCAGUGAAUAUCGAGACAUAUUAAUGUGCACAUGUACGAAUUUUAAAUUACUCGCAUAACCAAGUAUUAAACGUGUAUUAUUUUCCAAAGAAAAAGUUAAGUGUGUAUGCUGUUUCGAGAAGAGGCAUUAUUCUCGAGAUUUGACAGAAAACUGAAUGUUCGCUGUAGAGAAUAGAGUGAAGACAUUGCAUUGUGCUGACGCAGCAAUAGACGGAUAAAUUGAUGAGUACAUAUCGUACUCACGAGAGUGAUUAUUGGAGUAAGGAUUAACAAGCAAGGAUUGGUAGUGCAGCGAGCGAUCGAGGUGUUAAAAAUGCUGUGUCGCUGGCUCACCGUCCUGGUACUCGUUGGUUUUCUGCUGGUUAUCGAAGCGAUCGCGGUUAGCCAAGGUACGUUCACUCGCGAUCAGAGAGUCUUGAGUGGAAGUCUUGUACAAGGGAAUCGCAACGUCAGCGGCGUACCGGCUUUCGAGACGAACGUGCCACGGAAUGUCACUACUGCGGUCGGUCAGACCGCUUUUCUUCACUGCAGAGUUCAUCAGUUAGGCGACAAGGAGGUGUCCUGGAUGCGCAAACGCGAUAUGCAUAUUCUGAGCGCAGGCAUCUUGAUGUACACGUCGGACUUGAGAUUCCAGGUGAUCCAUCCGGACAAGUCGGAGAACUGGACGCUGCAAAUCAAGUCGCCGCAGGAGCGUGAUUCCGGCGUGUACGAGUGCCAGGUCAGCACCGAGCCGAAAAUGUCACUCAACUACAGUCUCAACGUGAUCGAAGCGCGAGCCAGAAUAAGCGGUCCAUCAGAUAUCUACGUGAAAACCGGAAGCCUUUUGACAUUGACAUGUCUAAUGUCGCAAGGUCCUCACGAUCUGGGGACGGUAGCCUGGUUUCGGGGCAGUCAGGCGGUAGUGACGUCACCGCGAUCAGAAAAUGACAUCGAGGCGGAACCACGCAUAACCGUCGAGACGGAAUGGAGUGACGCUCUCACAUCGAGAUUGAGGAUCACGUAUUUGAAACCCGGUGAUUCCGGAAACUACAGUUGCGUUCCUACCGUGGCGGAGAGAGCGAGUGUCAACGUACACGUGAUCAAUGGUGAACAUCCGGCCGCGAUGCAGCACGGAAACACGGCAGCCGGCUCGCCCAACUCUAAGACGGUACUAGUGAUGCUCGCCUUCCUUCUGGGUCAGCUGAGAUAAUGUGCGCGUACACAAAGGUCUCGCUCGAGACAUUUAUAAAAUCGAUGGACACGCAUAGCGAGGUGAUUGCCCACACGUCCUUAACACGUUAAGUCUUUUGCACAGAUUGCUCUGGAUAAUUAUGUCAUUUAGAGCGCGGGACGAUAAGACUACAUAAUUUACAUUUAAUUGCGUAAUGUCACGUCGUAGUCGGGCAAUUAAAAUGGAGGUUUAAAUUACUGAGAGCGAAAAAUGAAACUUAUGGAAUCUGCGAACUGAUACCUUUCAAACUGCGAUUUUUAUCUUUUACGAUUAAUAGAUUUUCGAAAGAUGAUAUUUUAACAUUAUGCAACUUUUAUUCUCGAUAUAAUUUUUUAUGGCAUUUGUUAUUUUUGUUAAUCAUAUAAGUACAAAAUAGAAAUGUAUCGAUUAUAAAUUAGAAUUUUUCUCCGCUUAAGUUAUUCAUUUUAAAGCGAAAACUUUUUUGAAUUUGUCUCGUUAUUACUUUAAUUAUGUCGUAUUUUAAAUUGCUCGCAUUGUGCUCGCAUUUAUCUUGUCCUUUUUAAUCUCUCAUGAAAAUACUCAUCUCGUUUAUCUUGAACUUAAUUGUGAGGUUGGCCGCUAGAAUGAGAAAUAUGAAGAUAAUCUCUGAGAGGCAGCUAGUUCUUACGUAAUAAAGGGGAGACUCUGUGCCUAAGGGUUAAGGAGCGGAGUGUGGGGCAGCCGUAUACGGUCUCAAAACCACGGAUUCUGCGCGACGAACUUUUCAGUCGACUUUUCUCCGAUUAUCCGAAAACUCGGAAAGGAAACGAACUCGGAGCCGAAACUUUUCAUACAUUUGUCGUAGCGACAGCGGCAAUAUAUUUACAGUUGAAAACUGUACGUACGGAACAUUAAAUAGCUGCGUAAUGAUAACGAGCGAACCGAGACGUUUUCACUUUGUUUCAGUAAUUGGCGUACUGAAAGCGUUUUCAGUAAUUGGCGUUACUGAAUAAAUAAUAUUUUCAACAUCAAUUGCGUUCAAAAUUAAUAAUUAUCACGUUGUGUUUAAUGGCCGUUCGCCCAAAUAACAAGCAGAUUCUCUCGUUUACUUUUAUUAAUUGACGAUGCACCUGAUUUGCCAAACGCAUCGUUUUUUAAUUGUAUAUCGUAUUUCAGAUAUCCUUUUUUUUUAUUUUUAAUUGCUUUCCUUUACAACACAGUUCGUAAACACAUCAAUAAUCAAAUAAUAGGAUAAUACCAAUCGCGAUACAAUAUCGCGAUUCAAUUCCGAUUUGUUUACAGCAGUUAUAAUAAUUAUAAAGAAAAGCGAUCAAUUGGCGCGAUUAAGCAUGUAGUUAUUUUCGCGUGCUAAGCUUCUUUUGCAUUCUGUAUUCAUACAUAGAUGAUCAAAUAAUAAUAAAAUGUACCUAUUUGCAAAUACUUAAUUAGCCAGGCAUCUGUUUGGCUUAGCUCAAGAAAUUAGUUUAUGCUUCGCUAUUUAGCAUCGGUACGAUUCAGUGUUGAGAGAGAUAAUACACGGCAAGCGUUGAAAAAUGAUUCGUAUCAUCACAGAUAGAACAGCCGAAGGUUCUUAUCAUAUCCACGAGUGUCAAUAUUAUUCAAGAAUUUCAGCGACGUCGAGAUCAGGAUUCUUACAGUUUAUAAUUAGAGAUGAUCCCUGCGCUUCGCGCGCCAGAGACCGGAUUCAAGAUUACAUUGUCGUUGCUGAGAUUUUAGAAUAAUUGCGUGGUAAUGUCUAACAAUGACGCGAUGCAAACAUAAGAAUUAACGAUAAUGCUCAGCGCGAGUGUUGACACGAAGAGACAUAAUUGAGCGCGGGUGAAAGGGGAUAGAGCGAGCAGAUAAAACAGAAUUAUGUCUCGCGCUUUUUCCCGACCAUAGAGAGAAAAUUCGUGAGUGGAAGGAGUGUUAAGUGUAAAAUAAAUGUAUCACGAGUAAGUUUAACCGAAGGGCGAUGUAAUAAAAAAGGGGUAGACCGAUAGUCUCUCCACCCGCGGCAAAGUACUUUCUACUUACAGCAUAAGUGUUAAAUAAAACUUAAAAGAAACACACAGAGGACACAUACACAAACACACACACACACACACACACACACACACACACAUGCACACGCAUACACACACCUUACAGAUAAUAGUAGAGAAAUGUAUGUAAACCACACACACACAUACACGCGCGUGACUUUACGACUCGUAUGAUUUACACCCACGACUAGUCCGAAAAAAGAAAAAAAAAAAAAAAACUGUGUUCCCCACCCACUCGCAUCCUUCUCACGAUCUGAGUUUUCACACGAUUCUCUUGCGAGAAAACGCAUUCUUGUACAUAAUGUUUUACUCUUGUAAAUAAAUUAUCCACACAA